CCAGAGGCUCUUGCUGCCGACUCACAAUUACUUGCCAUUUUCAAUGCUCCCAAAAACACCCUGUUGGUGCGGGAAUCGUGAGCCGCUGCCCGCCUAUCAAGUCUCUGGUGUCAGUAGAGCACCCCAGCCAUUCAUCAUGCACUUCGAUCUCCUCAGCCUCAAAGCCAAGAAGAGCAUUUCCCAGCUCCUAUGCAGGAAGAACGAUACCGAGAGCGCCUUUUCUGGUGCCGAUCGUAACUUGAUCGAGAGGGGUACAACUCCCGGUCCUUCACCAGACGAAGACUCCGUCCGACCAAAUGCAAACGAUUCGCCGUCGAGCAAUAACAGUCCCUCAAGGCGCAAGGGUCUUGUAGGGUCGCUGAAGGAGAACAAGUUGCGAAGCAUCAACUCCUUACGCAGUCUGCGAUCACCAACCAAGGCCAAGCAGCCCGGUGUAGAUGCUUCGCCUUGCGCUGAUAGCCCUCACACUCCACUGCCCCGCCCAAGGUCGUCUCUCCUCCUCACUUUCCAAGAGUCGCCGGCCGAUGAGCCCUUGUUUGACCUAAGCCGCACAGACUCGAUCGAUUUUGGCCAUAACUUCUGCUAUUCUUCGCCACUGCCUAUCCCUUCAUCGGAGAAUCAGAAGCCGCAAUCGUUUGUCUCGCCCUCUGUAAUACCGGAUGGCACUAUCCCCUCCUCACCAGCUCCACUCCGGAAGCUCUUGGACCUGGAACAAAAUGAAGAUUUUCCAUCACCAAUGUUCGGGCCGGCGUUCGAUCUGGAUUUAGCUUGUGUGGACUUACUGGCUCCCCUUCAGGAUGAUGUGCAGGAGCCUCAUCAGAUCCAAGGCACUUCACGAGAAACAACUGAAGUUGUCCAAGCCGCCACAGAACACCACCAUGUUCCAACCAAGGGCCCUGAAAGCGAACAAUCCAGCACCGACAACACUAAUGAUUUGGUCAAUGAUCGUCGAUUCAUGCAGGAGGAUCCCCACGUUCACGAACUGACGGAAAAGUUUGAUCAGCACUGCCUCAAUACGAAUGAAGGCAUGACAGACCCCUCUGACAAUGUGUUGAUGAUCAUUGGCAAGGACUACAUGUUGAGAGUCUUUCACAAUGGGGAUCUCAAACGCCGCAUCGGUAUCACAGCGUAUAAUGGCCACGGCUAUGCCCCAGACAACGAGUCGGAGAUGAUCCUUGCCCGCCGUGAGGAAGACUUCGCUGUGGCGGAAAGGAUAUUGCCUGAACUCGGCAGAUUCGUUGUGCUGAAUAGGGAUAUGCUUGGAAAAACGAACAGGGAACUGGUGCUCGAUGAGACUCUUGCAGAACGCAUACUUCCAGAAUGGCUGGAUCUCGACCUGGACAUGGAGAGUACCGAGCAAUUGCACAGCCGUGUCAGCAACGCUGGCAAGCGACAGAACCACGAGAGCACAUGGGGACAGCAUGUCGGGCUCUACGACGGAACUGGCUAUGGAACGGGAUCCAGCUCGCCUUCUUCGACGACGGCCGAGACUGGGAUGGAUGAUGCUUGCCAUUAUGUUGAGAAAGGCAAUCCCGAAGACGAUGUUGCCGAUGUACUCCCUGGUGUUUAUGAGAAGACCUAUCCAUUUCGCUCGACACCCGACUCGUCUCGCUAA